AUGGCAGCUGCAGAGGCCCAACCUGAACCUGAGAGUGUUUCCACUUGCAAAGACGGUGAUAGUAGUGGUAGUUGUCCUGCUGCUGGUGCUCCUCGUCCUGCUGCAACACCACCUGGUGAUGUUAACGCUUGUCCUCCAGGAAAGAGUGAUCCCACGUGUACUCCUAGCGUUAGUAAACCUGAAGUUGCUAGUCCUGAUGAUUGUGCGGACUCUUCUGGGGCGGAUAGUUGCCGUAAGACGGAUCUCGACGCUCAAGAGCAUUGCCCUUCUGGUGAGUCUGGUUGUAAAAACGAACCACAAGACGCGGCUCUUGCUAAAUCAAAUGAAAACAGUGGAAUUAAUGGUAGCGAACGUCAAGGUCUCACUGGUCAGAGUCAUCCUGUAACUGACCAGGGUUCUCAUACUGAUGCAGGACAAGAGGAUCGUGCCAACCCAAGUGUUGCUGUUGUUACUCCUGCUGAACCAGAAACUCGGGAUACUCAAAGUAGAAACGGUUCACAAGACGCUGCUUCUUCUCCCGCAAGGGGUACUGGCGGUGCUCCUGCCGCUGACGGUCAAACUGGAAGCAAUGUGGUCAGUACAACCGAAGAAGGUGAAUCUAAACAGGGAAGUGAAACAGAACAACCUUCUUCUUCCAACACUUCGGCCACAGGGAGUGAUGUUGGUUCUAAUGCUGCUACGACUGAGAAUGGCACUUCAUCUGCAGAGAGUGAAUCACCAAGUAUUCAAGAAAGUGCGGGAAAUACAGAUACAGACACAACAACAACAACAACAACAACAACACUUCCUCCUGAACUCACAAACAACAAGAAGGGUGAUGCAGACAGCAGCAGCAGUAUCAGCAGUUCUGUGUGGGUGCGUGUGCCACUACUGAUUGUGGUUACACUGUCCUGUAUUCUU